UCCCUGAUUUUUCAAAAUUGGACAAGACGAUCGUCAUGAUUGUAUAACACUCCUCCACACUCUCUCUCUCUCUCUCGCUUUCAAUCCAGCCAUAAACUCAGCGCUUUCGUCUCCUCCAUUGCCGACCCUCCAAAAAAAAAACCCAAACCAGAGAGAAACACUCGCCCAGCCACAAAAAAACCAGACUUUCAAACCAAACCACAAUCCCAGAAUCUCAAACUAGUUAAACCAACCUUAAAGUCUCAACCUUUGUUUCUUCUUCUUCCUCCUCGUCACGUGUUGGGUCUGUUUCACAUAUGUAAUGCAUCAGAAGAAAUCAGAAGCUCAGAUCGGAAAAGAAAGCACCGGCCUCUCUUCCGAUUUCAACCCCACCAUAAUCUCCGCCCCACCACCUUCAUCUCUCGCUUCAAUCUCCCACCAGUUCUCCCAUUUCGCUCACUACCCAUCUCUAAAUGACGCCCCGAUUCCUCAGACCAUACCCUACAAGCGUCCCCUUCUGACCCAAGCUCACUCCUCUCUAGUCAAAUCCCCGACCCUUUACAAACUCCAACCCGCCCCUCAAAACCCACCUCUCUUUUCUCCUUCCCUCGCCGCCAAGUCCGCCUUCUUCCGCCUCCUCCGCCGCGUCAACCGCCUCCGCCGCCUCUUCUUGCUCCUCUCCCUCCCCUUCUUCUACUUCCUCGUCUCUCACCCGAGUCAUUCCUUCAUUCUCGACUUCCUCUCAGCUUUCGCUUUCUCAUCCGCAUUGCUCUUCUCCCUCAAUCUAGCCCUCCCUCGGCUUCCGUCUAUCCGGCUUUUUCUGGCCAGGUCGUUUCCGAUCAAGCUUAAGUCCUCUGCUUCAUUGUCCAGGCCGCCGCUGCCGGUGUUCUGGUCAAUCGGGUCGCGGCAGAAGCCGGAGAAGCGAGGGAUUUCGGGGUGUUGGGUGCAGGCUUACAGCAACGGGGACGUGUAUGAGGGUGAGUUUCAUAAGGGGAAGUGUUCCGGGAGCGGGGUUUAUUACUAUUAUAUGAGUGGGAGGUAUGAGGGGGAUUGGGUGGAUGAGAAGUAUGAUGGAUAUGGUGUAGAGACUUGGGCUAGAGGGAGCCGGUAUCGCGGCCAGUAUAGGCAGGGGCUUAGGCAUGGUUUCGGGGUGUAUAGGUUUUACACCGGGGAUGUUUAUGCCGGGGAAUGGUCUAAUGGGCAGAGUCAUGGGUGUGGAGUUCAUACAUGUGAGGAUGGGAGUAGAUAUGUAGGGGAAUUCAAGUGGGGUGUCAAGCAUGGCCUUGGCCACUACCAUUUCAGAAAUGGAGACACUUAUGCUGGAGAGUAUUUUGCGGACAAAAUGCAUGGGUUCGGGGUCUAUCAAUUUGCAAAUGGGCAUCGUUAUGAGGGAGCCUGGCAUGAGGGUAGAAGGCAAGGCCUCGGUAUGUACACGUUUAGAAAUGGGGAGACUCAAGCUGGUCACUGGCAAAAUGGAAUUCUUGAUGUUCCAAGCACACAGAAUGCAAGUUUUCCUGUAUCUCCUGUUGCUGUUAAUCAUUCCAAAGUCCUUAAUGCAGUUCAGGAAGCACGAAUAGUGGCGGAGAAAGCCUAUGAUGUGGCCAAGGUGGAUGAAAGAGUUAAUAGGGCUGUUAUUGCAGCCAACAGGGCCGCCAAUGCAGCUAGAGUAGCAGCCGUGAAAGCUGUCCAAAAACAAAUGCAGCAUAAUAGUAGCAGUGACAACAUUCCAAUUCCAGUUAUCUGAAACUCCACGGCGACAACUUAUUUAUUGUUGCAAGUUUCUGAGGUUAGGAGGGCGAAAAUGACUUCUUUAAGUGGGGUCAAGUUUUAUGUUCCAUAGCGUUUUGUCUUGCCUCGAGAAGAUGUUGCCUCUUUGAACUCAUCUACUCUGGAGGAUCAGCAAGUUACUUGUCAUUGUUUAUUAGGUUGUGUAUACAUAGAGCAGUGGGAAUGCCCGAGAGCAUUUGGGUGCUUUACUAAUUUUCGGUUGCAAUCUUAGUCCGGUUUUGUAUAGAUGAGAUAGAUGUAAUAUAAGUGCUGGUGCCUGGUGAAAUCUUGACCCAGCCACUGUCUUUUGUAUCUGAAUUGACAGUUAUUUAACAAGGUGAAAAGAAAUCUAAUAACCAAUGAAUAUCUGCACUUGUCUA